UGGUAUCAGCAUUACUGGGGACUCGCUUGAUUGAAGACAGGACAGAAUUUAGAGCAGAUCCAGAAGACACAGCGACAGAGCCUCCUUGUUGCCAGCUGUUUUCAGAAAACAGAAGAAAAUGAUCCAGGCCCAGGAAACCCUGACAUUUGAGGAUGUGGCCGUGGACUUCACGUGGGAGGAGUGGCAGCUCCUGGCCCCUCCUCAGAAGGACCUGUACCGGGACGUGAUGCUGGAGAACUAUAGCAACCUGCUGUCCGUGGGUUUUCAAGCCAGCAAACCAAAUGUACUGUCCAAGUUGGGUCAAGGAGAACCAUGGACGAUGGAAGAUGAAAUCCACUGUCAAACCCAUUCAGAAAUCUGGAAAGUUGAUGAUCACCUGCUGGAGCACUUACAAAAUGAGAGCAUGGAGAAGAGACUAGAACAAUGGCAUGAACAGAACCCACUGGAAUAUUUUGUUCAUCAGAGCAGAACUCAUUUUCUGUUCAGGCAAAAUCAUGAUAUGUUUGACUUACAUGGAAAAAGUAUGAAAUCAGAUUUAACUUUACUUCCCCAGAGCAGGAGCUAUGAAAUAAAGAGCCCUGCUGAGUUUACUGGCAAUGGGAAAUCCUGUCUCCAUGCUGACAAUGAACAAUUUCAUACUGAAAUUAAAUUCCCCGAAAGCCAAAAACCCAUGAGCUCUAAGUCCCAAUUCAACAAGCAUCAGAAAACCCAAAAAAUAGAGAAGCCUCAUGUAUGUGGUGAAUGUGGGAAAGCUUUCAUCAAAAAGUCUUGGCUCACUGAUCACCAGAUAAUUCAUACAGGAGAGAAGCCCCAUCGAUGUAACAUGUGUGGGAAAGCAUUCUCUAGAAAGUUCAUGCUCACUGAACAUCAGAGAACACAUACAGGAGAGAAACCUUAUGAAUGCACUGAAUGUGGCAAAGCCUUUCUCAAGAAAUCACGGCUCAAUAUACAUCAGAAAACCCAUACCGGAGAGAAACCAUAUAUAUGCAGUUACUGUGGGAAAGGCUUCAUCCAGAAGGGAAAUCUCAUUGUACACCAGCGAAUUCACACAGGCGAGAAACCUUACAUAUGCAGUGAAUGUGGAAAAGGCUUCAUCCAGAAGACUUGCCUCAUUGCACAUCAGAGAUUUCACACAGGAAAGACUCCUUUUGUGUGCAAUGAAUGUGGAAAAUCCUGUUCCCAGAAGUCAGGUCUCAUUAAACAUCAAAGAAUUCACACAGGAGAGAAACCCUUUGAAUGCAGUGAAUGUGGGAAAGCCUUCACUACAAAGCAAAAGCUCAUUGUGCAUCAAAGAACUCAUACGGGAGAGAGACCCUAUAUCUGCCAUGAGUGUGGGAAAGCUUUUGCCUACAUGUCUUGCCUUGUUAAACAUAAGAUAAUACACACAAGAGAGAAACGUGGAGAUUCAACCAAGGUGGAAAAUCAUCCCUCAGAGAGUCACAGCUCCUCACAGACUAGUGAUGUUAUGCAGGAGAAAACCCCUGUAAAUUCAGUGACUAUGCAGGUGCCUUCAGUGGCCCCUCAGACAUCAGUAAACAUAAGUGAACUCCUAGCAAAUAGGAAUGUAGUCAUAGUGGGACAACCUGUGGCCAGAUGUGCACCCACAGGAGAUAACAGAGGUUUUGCACAGGAGAGAACCCUUAUGAAUGCAUUGAAUGUAGUUGUGCCUUCAAUGGUCAAUUACAUCUUAUUUUAUGUCACAGAAAACCAUGAAACCCUGACAUUUGAGGAUGUGGCCGUGGACUUCACGUGGGAGGAGUGGCAGCUCCUGGCCCCUCCUCAGAAGGACCUGUACCGGGACGUGAUGCUGGAGAACUAUAGCAACCUGCUGUCCGUGGGUUUUCAAGCCAGCAAACCAGACAUACUCUCCAAGUUGGAUCAAGGAGAACCAUGGACGAUGGAAGAUGAAAUCCACUGUCGAACCCAUUCAGAAGUCUGGAAAGUUGAUGAUCACCUGCUGGAGCACUUACAAAAUGAGAGCAUGGAGAAGAGACUAGAACAAUGGCACAGACAGAACCCAUUGGAAUAUUCUGUUCAUCGGAGCAGAACUCAUUUUCUGUUCAGGCAAAAUCAUGGAAUGUUUGACUUACAUGGAAAAAGUAUGAAAUCAGAUUUAACUUUACUUCCCCAGAGCAGGAGCUAUGAAAUAAAGAGCCCUGCUGAGUUUACUGGAGAAGUCAGAUCCUGUCUCCAUGCUGACAAUGAACAAUUUCAUACUGAAAUUAAAUUCCCUGAAAGCCAAAAACUCAUCAGCACUAAGUCCCAAUUCAUCAAGCAUCAGAAGACUCAAAAAAUAAAGAAAUCUCAUAUAUGUGGUGAAUGUGGGAAAGCUUUCAUCAAAAAGUCUUGGCUCACUGAUCACCAGAAUCUUCAUACAGGAGAGAAGCCCCAUCGAUGUAAUCUAUGUGGGAAAGCCUUCUUCAGAAAGUUCAAGCUCACUGAACAUCAGAGAACGCAUACAGGAGAGAAACCUUAUGAAUGCACUGAAUGUGGCAAAGCCUUCCUCAAGAAAUCAGGGCUCAGUGUCCAUCAGAAAACCCAUACCGGGGAGAAACCAUUUAUAUGCAGCGAAUGCGGAAAGGGCUUCAUCCAGAAGGGAAAUCUUAUGGUGCAUCAGCGGAUUCACACAGGCGAGAAACCUUAUAUAUGCAAUGAAUGUGGAAAAGGCUUCAGCCAAAAGACGUGCCUCACGGCACACCAGAGAUUUCACACAGGAACGACUCCCUUUGUGUGCGGGGAAUGUGGAAAAACCCUUUCCCAGAAGACAGGUCUCAUUAAACACCAAAGGACUCACACGGGAGAGAAACCCUUUGAAUGCAGCGAUUGUGGAAAAGGCUUUAUCGAGAAGCCACAGCUUGUUAUACAUCAGAGAAUCCAUACAGGGGAGAAACCCUAUAGAUGUAGUGAAUGUGGGAAAUCAUUCAGAGGGAAGUCAGUCCUCAAUAAACAUCAGAAAACUCAUUCAGUCAAGGUGGAAAAUCCUCCCUCAGAGGGUCACAGGUCCUCACAGAGCAGUGUUGUCCUCCAAGAGAAAAACCUUAAUACAGUGACAAUGCAAGUACCUUCUGUGGUCCCUCAGACAUCUGUCAACAUCAGUGGGCUCCUAGCAAACAGGAAUGUAGUCAUAGUGGGACAGCCUGUGGCCAGAUGUGCACCCGCAGGAGACAGCAGAGGGUUGGCACAGGAGAGAACCCUUAUGAAUGCAGUGAAUGUGGUUGUGCCUUCAGUGGUCAAUUAUAUUUUAUUUUAUGUCACAGAAAACCAGUAGCGAAAAAAUUAAGACAUUCUCUGAGGAAAAGGGUUGAGCGAAAAUUUCUAGUUCAUAUGGUGGCUGAAAAGUAUACACUGAGAGAAACUGUAUAAAUGCCGAGACUGGGAACACAUGACCUACUCAUCCAAUUACGUAUAUGCCUUGAUACAGAGGCAUAAUCUGAUGUUAACAGAAACAUACACGUCAGUUGCUCUGUUGUGUCAAUUAAAUAAAUGAAGGAAGCCUGAGUUCAACUAAGUGGAGGAAAUAAGGAGGUGAAUUUUUUAAACAUAUAAUUUGUUUCUGGAAGGUUGCUACGGAGGAAAAAUCACAAGAGGGCUAAUAUUGGAUUGGUGGGAUAUGGGGCGUGUAUAUAUCAAUUCAGUUUCCCCAGGCCAAGGUGAACGAUGAAUCUGAAACUGGGAUGUCUUCCUUAAACUUUCAGAAGUUUAUAUUAUGCAGAGGGACUAAUGAAACAACAGCCUUAGACUGAGUCAGUUUGGUCUUUCACAGAGUAUUUUUCAAGUACGUCCUUGGUAUAUGGUUCUGUUCCAGAAGCUGAGGAUAUUGUGGUGAUCAGAACAGAGAAAGCUCAUGGUCCCCUGGAGAGACCAUUGAGGUAGUCGGAUUAUCUUUAAGUGGCGUCUCUACACUCAGGCUAAUUUAGUGAGAGGAUGUAAGUAUCCAUAAUAAGUGAAAUGGACCUGGAGUAAUUGGCUCAAGGGAAUAUGACAAUUUAUUGUUGAAGGAGCACAUCAUUUGGG